AGUAAUGACAAUGUUGGGUAUGUAUGUGCCAGACAGAUUUUCCCUGAAAUCGUCAAAGGUCCAGGAUGGAAUCGGUCUGUACACGGCGAGGCGAGUGAAAAAGGGAGAAAAGUUUGGCCCCUUUGCAGGUGAGAAAAAGCUGCCCAGUGAGCUGGAUGAAAGCUCGGACACCAGGCUCAUGUGGGAGGUUCGUGGCAGUAAAGGAGAUGUGCUGUAUAUUCUGGAUGCUAGUAACCCACGCCAUGCCAACUGGCUGCGGUUUGUCCAUCAGGCGCCUUCACAAGAGCAGAAGAACUUGGCAGCCAUACAGGAUGGAGAGAACAUCUUCUACCUGGCUGUGGAUGACAUCGAGACAGACACGGAGCUCCUGAUAGGCUACCUGGACAGUGACAUGGAGGAAGAGGAGGAGGAAGAAGAGGAGGAGGUCGUCAGAGAUGACGACGAAAACAGUAAAGAUGCCAAGCAUCUUGUUGAAAUGGAACUAGUAAUAAAGAAGGAGGACCACCCCUGCUUGCUGUGUGAGAGUAGCUUUCCCAGCGAGGAGAUCCUGGCCGCCCACCUCCAGAGUCUGCACCAGAGGCCGAGCACAGAGGAGAAGGAGUUCAAAUGCAAAAACUGUGGAAAGAAGUUCCCCAUCAAACAGGCUCUGCAGCGCCAUGUUUUGCAUUGCUCUGAGUCAGUGGACCCAUCAGGUGACUCUAAAGCACGCCAGUGCUCCCUCUGCCACAACACAUUCAGCUCAAUAUCCAGUUUUGAGCAGCAUAAGGAGGCCUGUAAAGGAGACGCCAGGUUCAUCUGCAAAGCAGAGAGCUGCGGAAAAAGAUUCAAGAGCAAAGACGCUCUGAAGAAGCACAAAGGAAAUGUUCACACAGGGAGUGCACGUCGGAAACUCACAUGCACCAUUUGCAACAGAAAAUGCUCCUCCUCUCUGAAUCUACAAGAACACAGAAAGGUACAUGAAAUACUUGAAUGCCACGCCUGUGACAAGAAGUUCAUCUCUACAAAUCAGCUGAAACGUCACAUGAUCACUCACUCGGAGAAGCGACCGUACACCUGUGAGAUCUGCAGUCGCUCGUUCAAGCGUCUGGACCAGGUGACGGCUCACAAGAUCAUCCACAGCGAGGACAAACCGUACAAAUGCAAGCUGUGUGGGAAGGAGUUUGCCCACCGCAACGUCUACAAGAAUCACAAGAAGACCCACUCUGAGGAAAGACCCUUCCAGUGUGAGGAGUGCAAAGCUCUUUUCCGCACCCCCUUCUCUCUGCAGCGUCACUUACUCAUCCACAACAGUGAGAGGACAUUCAAGUGUGACCAGUGCGACGCCACCUUCAAGAGGAAGGACACGCUCAACGUCCACAUCCAGGUGGUGCACGACGGCCAUAAGAAGUAUAAAUGCGACCUGUGUGAGAAGGCCUUUGUCACUCCUUCAGUCCUCAAGAGCCACAAGAAGACACACACAGGGGAGAAGGAGAAGAUCUGCCCGUACUGCGGACAAAAGUUUGCCAGCAACGGCACACUGAGGGUCCACAUCCGCAGCCAUACAGGUGAGCGUCCAUACCAGUGCCCCUACUGUGACAAAGCAUUCAGCAAGAACGAUGGCCUGAAGAUGCACAUCCGCACACACACUCGAGAGAAGCCAUAUAAAUGCAGCGAGUGCAACAAAGCCUUCAGCCAGAAAAGAGGACUGGACGAGCACAUGAGGACUCACACUGGAGAGAAACCUUUCCAAUGUGAUGUGUGUGACCUGUCGUUCAGUUUGAAGAAGAUGCUCAGCAGGCACAAGCUCACGCACAACCCCAACCGGCCCAUGGCAGAGUGCCAGCUGUGCCACAAGAAGUUCACCAGGAACGACUACCUCAAAGUACAUAUGGAGAAUGUCCACGGGGAGACGGAGAGCUAGAGCCAAUCAUGCACCCGCUGGCUGAGAAUGAUAUCUGAUUCCUCAGAUAAAGUUCAGGCUCGUGCUUCAUGCAACCAGUAUGGCGUACACAUACAGAGAUGUACAGAUAGCCGAAACGUCGCUAUUAAAGAUACAUGCAUGUAGAAUAUGGAAAACAUUUCAGAAUUGAAACGUAGGCUGCACAUUUGUAAUUUUUUUGUCAUGUUGUUCAGAUGUUGUUUUGGAUAUUCCCAGAUAUGUUUGAGCUGCCUCCAGAGCCGCUGUGUGCGCUCACAGAUAUUUCACUUCUAACCAGUGUUACUGUUCAUACGUUACAGCCUGAC